AUGACUGAUAUAAGCAAAGUACUUCCACUAGCCGAUGAAACAAAGACAUCUCCUUUAAAUAAUGAUCAUAUUAACGAUUUAAAUAAUAAUAAAAAUAAUUCAAUUUCAAUGUCGAAUAAUAUUAACGAUAUUACUAUGAACGAUAAUGAUGAUGAUGAUGCACAACAAUCUGUUAAAACAAAAAUAAUAAAAUGUAAAACAAAUAAUCAACAAACUCCAACAUCUUCAUACAAUAUUUUGACCUCGAAUUGUUCGACAUCGUCAACAACAAUACAUUCGAUUGAUGUGCCCAAUGAACAUACAUCAAUCAAAUUACACAUUCGACGUGUUUGUUCGCCAUCAUCAAAUGAUACAGUAUUAAUACAUCCGACAACAAAUCUCCUAUUACAACAACAACAACAACUACAACCAAAUGAAUCCAACGAUCAGCAAUCGUCAACACGAAUAAUUUCAAGACAAUUUUUCAAUUCAACUGAAGCUAUGAAUAAUAAAUUUACACGUCGUCUUAUAUCGACAAGACGUUCGUCAUUAGUUGAAACUGAUCAAUAUCAUACAUCUUCAACAAUAUUUAAUCUUCCAAAAAUUGUUGCAAAUCAUCAUAUAAAUAUAUAUGAUGAAAAUACAUUAAAAAAACAAGCACCGAAAGCAAAUGGAAAUAAACGAAAAUCAGGAAAUGAACAACCAGAAAAAAAACGGACUAAACUAACAACAAAAACAGUUAAACAACAAACGAAUAAUACAAAAUCUACAAAUCCACCUGUACAGACUCGUUCAUCAUCUCGUUUAAAACAGAAACAUAAUCCUAUCAAUGAUAAUUAUUCACCAUCAAAUUCCUUGCAACAUGACUCACCAGUCGAUAAACGUUCAGCAACAAUCAAACGUAAUUUAAGCACUGAAUUAAUCACAACACAAACAUCGGAUCGUUCAACAACAACGGUCGAUGAUCUACUACCAGGCGAAUAUAAAUAUUUUCAUUCGCCAUUGUCUUCUUCCAAACAAUAUCAAACCAAUGAAUGUCAAACAUCCGAUGAUAUUAUUGAAGUUUUUCAUCAAUCUGUACAAACCAAUUGUUUAAUCAAAUCAGAUAAAUCGACUUAUACAGAUUUCAUUGAUCAGCCACUAUGCGAAAAUAGUACUCAGACGAUUCGUAAAGAAGAACAAGAAACUCAAACAACAGAUCUUAAUUGUCCUAAUGAUUCUCAAGUUUAUUUAUGUACUGUGAAAUCUACUCAUACACAAUAUGACGGAAUAUCUGAUCGAUGUUCACCAUUAUCAUCGCCAUCGUCCCCAAUAUCUUCACCAGCUGUUUUAUAUGAUCAACAACAAAAAAUUUCAUCUCCUUACAUGGAUUUUUCUAUAACAAAUAGUAAUAAUGAUCGUCUACAAUUAUUUCAAAGUCUUGUUCAUACUGAAGAACAUCCGAAUGGCGGUGCGAGUUUGAUUCGUACAUAUUAUAAUGAAUUUUUACGUUUAUCAAAUGAAAAUGCAGCUUUGUUUGUUAAUUAUUUUUUUAAUCUUGUCUACGGAGAAAUUAAUCAACGCGCAAAAUAUUCGAUCGGUGUUUUACAUGAUGGUGCACGAUAUUUGCCUGAUUUAGUCGAUUACUUUAGUCUGUCAUAUCCGAAAAUGAUCGUUAAAACGUCAAAUAUAAUUAAUUCAAAAGAAGUUUUAACUACCAACAUGGGAGAAUAUCGAAAUCGCAUUGUACAAUCAUAUUCGAAUGGAACAUUUCGUUAUGGACCAUUAAUGAGUAUAUCCUUAGUUGGAAAAGUAACUGGUAGAGAAGAAUGUGGUGAUUACUUUCCGACUUUUAUUGAUAAAUUAGAAGAAAAUCCAUUUUUACAAUAUGUUAUGCCAUGGGGACCAUUGUCGUCAGUUAAAAUGAAAUCUAGAACGGAAUCUAAUGAUGGACCUAUACUGUGGGUUCGACCAGGUGAACAAUAUGUUCCCACAGCUGAACAUAAAAUUUGUCAUCCAAAAAAACGAAUGACGAACGAAUUAAGAAAUUUAACAUUCACUGGACGCGGAACAGAUCCACGAGAAGUAUUAGUUGAAGAUCGAACCAAGCCACACAGUGACCAUUGUGAUGGAGAUGGAGUUGAAACAACAGCUGCCGUUGGCAUUCUAAAAGCUGUACAUUGCGGAACACCAGCGACAGUUAAUCGUAUGGUGAAAGAUGUAGUAUGUUUCCAUGCGGAAGAUUUUGAAAAAGUUGUGGAAAAAUUAAAAAUUGAUUUAUAUGAGCCGCCAGCAUCACAAUGCCUACAAUGGUGUGAUGAAGGUAAAUUAAAUCAACUACGACGUGAUGGCAUUCGUUAUGUUCGUUUACCAUUAUAUGAUAAUGAUAUUUAUUUUAUUCCACGAAAUGUCGUUCAUCAAUUUCGUACAUUAUCAGCAGUAACAUCAAUAGCGUGGCAUGUUCGACUGAAACACUAUUAUCCUACUGAGUUACCUGAUGAUGAAUAUACUCCUCUCUAUAGUCCAAUAUCUGAUACAUAG